AUGCAGGAGAAUCCAGGCUCCGUAGGUGUGGAUGGGGGAUACGCCAGCAAUGUACCUGCUUUCCUCACUAAACUCUGGACUUUAGUGGAGGACCCAGAGACCAAUCAUCUGAUCUGCUGGAGCUCUACUGGCACCAGCUUCCAUGUUUUUGACCAAGGCCGAUUUGCCAAGGAGGUUCUGCCCAAAUACUUCAAGCACAACAACAUGGCAAGCUUCGUACGGCAGCUCAACAUGUACGGCUUCAGGAAGGUGGUGAAUAUUGAGCAGAGUGGGUUGGUGAAGCCAGAGCGAGAUGAUACAGAGUUCCAGCAUUUCUGCUUCCUGCAGGGCCAUGAGCAACUUCUUGAACACAUUAAGCGCAAGGUGUCGAUAGUGAAGAGCGAGGAGACCAAAGUGCGGCAGGAGGACUUGAGUAAACUCCUCUAUGAGGUGCAGAUGCUUCGCAGCCAACAGGAGACCAUGGAAAUGGAGAUGCAGGAUAUGAAACAGCAGAAUGAUGUUCUAUGGCGGGAAGUGGUGUCACUGAGGCAGAACCACACACAGCAGCAGAAAGUCAUUAACAAGCUGAUUCAGUUCUUAUUUAGCCAGAUGCAGUCCAACACUCCCAGCACUGUGGGAAUAAAGAGAAAGCUUCCUUUGAUGCUGGAUGAUGGCUGCUCUCCUCCUCCUGCCUCCAAAUUCAGCCAUAGUCACUCCAUGGAGUCCUUGCAAGAAUCUUUUUAUAUUCAGUCACCUUCCACAGAAACUGCAUCAUGUUCCACUAGCAGUGCAAUGACUGGAGGGCCAAUAAUCUCUGAUGUCACUGAAAUGUCACAGUCCAACACCAUGGCUUUGCAAAUGCAGCCAGAGGAAUUAAGGGAAAAGUGUCUGAUGCUUAUUAAGGAAGAGCCAGUGAGUCCUGGGGUGCAGGGACGAGGGGAGGGUGUCCCAUUUGGCUCCUGUGAGGUGUGUGAUGAGCCCCCAGUCCUUCCUGUUGCCAUGGUACAGUCCGUCCUGGAGGGCCGAGGAUCUAGCCUGGGAGAGAGAAGGGCCAAAAGACCCAUACUGGAAAGACCAGAAAUGCCUGAUAGCGUGGAUAAUGUGGACGUGAAUCUGGAGGACUUACAGCUGCUUCUGAGGAGUCACCAGCAGAGCACUGAACCCACUCCUGCAGGAAUGGAUCCCUUCACAUUUAGUCUGCCUUUACAUGAAUGGAACUUUACAGAAAUGGACCCAACCCUGAAAUCUGAGCUGGCUAGUGCCCUCAUUCCUGGAACUGUAUCCCAGUACAUGUUUCAGGAUCAGGAAGCAGAGGCCUUUCCCACUGCUGGCUACGAGGAACAGUGAAGCUCUGAUACAACAGCCAGCGCAGAUCCCUCGUGAGAUUUAUUCAGAGGGACCCGUUUGAAACAUUGCACUUGGAUUGCAAGUUAACUCAAAACAAGAGAGGAGAAUGUUGAAAUUAAACUGGAUGUAGGGGACAUAUCAAGUUUUACUGACCAGCCCUUUAUGAAGAUCAUUACUUGCAUAAUAGGUCAUUAAUGGAAGGUGCAUUUUUACAUCGUUUGAAGAACAUAUUUCAUGGGACUCAACUCCUUGAAAAUGGGAUAAUUACCACAUCGCAUCAAGUUUUUCCCAGGAUGAAUGCAAAUAUUUUUCAUUCUUUGGUAAAUGAAAUGCCAAGCAGAAAGGAAAUUAAAAGCAUUCCCAUCCCCAUAAUAUUUAUUAGGCAGGUGAAUUGUAUGCAAUAAGAUGUACAUCAUUGGAGCCGAAGUUUAAAUGCACUUUAGUCUGUGUGUUGGAGUUUCUGCUUUGUGGAGAUGUGAUUGAAUUUUCCUCUUAUAUUUUAAUGUAAAAAUAUUCACAUAUUUAGUUCAAAUAAUGAACCGCACAUUUGUAUUUCAUAAAAAGUACCGGUUCAAUCAUAUUAAGCAUGUAUUAAUGUGAGAGGUCUAGGGGCUAGAAAACUGAAACAAUGCACUGCUUUUUGCACAAUUUAGUGUCGUUAUUCUAUCAAUAAUAUUAUAGUAUCUGAAUUAGAUUAAGACAUGAAGUAUCUUUGUUUCUAUUCUAUCCUUUAGUAGUUGAUCAGCUGAAUUUACAGUUGUCGUCGAUACAUUUAUAUAUUGUGUGAUAUUUGCCCUCAUUUG